AUGGACUAUAAGAAAUUCAUGGAUGAGAUCCUAGCCCAUGGAGAUGCCGAAAAGGUCCCAGAGCAACACAUUGACAAAACACCAGUUUGGAUGAAGGUACACCUAUUUGGAGCAGCAUCUUCUCCAGGUUGCACCAACUACAGCCUCAAGCAUCUUGCAGCUGAAGGAGAAGAAAGUUUUGAUGAAGAAACCAUUAAGUUCAUCAAAACCAACUUCUAUGUUGACGAUGGACUAGCAAGUGUUGACACUGAAGAUCAGGUGGAACUGUUUGAAAAGGACAUAACGAACAUAAAGACAGAACUGAACCAUGUCUCUGCUGCUGACAAACCUCCCAUCAGCCUCUACGAGUACUUCCACAUUUCCCCCAUUAAGCUGCACCUGAGUUUCUCUCUGAGCACAGGCGGAGAGGAUGGCUUGAAGCAGAAGAGAGAUUCGGAACUGAUCCCUGUGCAGUCGCUAAAUCUGUUGCUAAAGAGUAUCGGCGCGACGCUCACUGAUGUGCAGGAUGUUGUCUUCAAGCUGGCCUUUUUUGAAUUGACCUACCAGUUCUACACCACUCAGCAGCUCCAGUGGGAGGUCCUCAGACAUUAUUCUAAGCAGGCUAUUAAGCAGAUGUAUGUGCUGGUGCUGGGCCUCGAUGUUCUUGGAAACCCAUUUGGACUGAUCAGAGGAUUGUCAGAAGGGGUGGAGGCUUUCUUUUAUGAGCCCUAUCAGGGAGCCAUCCAGGGCCCUGAGGAGUUUGUUGAAGGAAUGGCUCUUGGGGUUAAGGCGCUGGUGGGAGGAGCUGUAGGCGGUAUUGCAGGUGCAGCCUCCAGGAUAACAGGUGCCAUGGCAAAGGGUGUCGCAGCGAUGACAAUGGAUGAAGAGUACCAGCAGAAGAGACGAGAAGCUAUGAACAAACAGCCCAGCGGUCUGAGAGAGGGGCUGACCAGGGGUGGAAAAGGACUGGUGUCUGGAUUUGUCAGUGGGAUCACAGGGAUCGUUACCAAACCUAUUAAAGGGGCCCAGAAAGAGGGGGCAGCGGGCUUUUUUAAAGGUGUUGGAAAAGGUUUGGUUGGUGCAGUAGCUCGACCAACAGGAGGCAUUAUUGACAUGGCCAGCAGCACUUUCCAAGGGAUCAAGAGGAGAGAGUGAAGUCAGUCUUUCAUGCCAAAGAGUUUGGGAAGAUAAUAAACUUCAAAACUCCAGAGAUA